AGAGGCUAGGGGACGCCAAGCCGGUCGCUUUCCUCAGCAGAGACGGCUGGUCACCAGAGCAGGGGGUCGUGAAGUUCCGUGCGGACCGGCCCACAGCGGCUCGUUUGGAGAGGUGGGUCCCCGGAGAGGUGAAAGACGCCGCGGCGACACGCCCCCUACCCCCCGCGCUGCAAGUGGUUCAGCCCGAGAACUUUUCAUUCAUAAAAAAGACAAGACUCCGCGAGGCGCGAGUGAGUCAGAACCGCAGCCGCCGACGCGGACCCCACCGAGCAUCAGCCCAGGGCAUGUACCGAGACUUCGGAGAACCGGGACCGAGCUCCGGGGCUGGCAGCGCGUACGGUCGCCCCACGCAGGCCCCGCAAGCUCAGGCGCAGGCCGCCCAGCAGCAGAAAUUCCACCUUGUGCCAAGCAUCAAUGCUGUCAGUGGCAACCAGGAACUGCAGUGGAUGGUGCAGCCUCAUUUCCUGGGGCCCGGUGGCUAUCCCCGACCUCUGACCUAUCCCCAGUACAGCCCCCCUCAGCCCCGGCCAGGAGUCAUACGAGCCCUAGGGCCACCUCCAGGGGUGCGUCGCAGACCCUGCGAGCAGAUCAGCCCUGAGGAGGAAGAACGCCGCAGAGUGAGGCGUGAACGCAACAAGCUAGCGGCGGCCAAGUGCAGAAACCGGAGAAAGGAACUAACAGACUUCCUCCAGGCGGAGACUGAUAAACUGGAGGAUGAGAAAUCGGGCCUGCAGCGGGAAAUUGAAGAGCUGCAGAAGCAGAAGGAACGUCUUGAGCUGGUGCUGGAAGCCCAUCGACCCAUCUGCAAAAUCCCUGAAGAAGAUAAGGACACAGGUGGUACCAGCGGCGCCAGCAGCCCACCAGCCCCCUGCCGCCCUGUACCUUGUAUCUCCCUUUCUCCGGGGCCUGUGCUUGAACCCGAAGCACUUCAUACCCCCACGCUCAUGACCACACCCUCUCUGACUCCCUUUACUCCCAGCCUGGUUUUCACCUACCCUAGCACACCAGAACCUUGCUCCUCAGCUCAUCGAAAAAGUAGCAGCAGCAGCGGUGACCCCUCCUCUGACCCCCUGGGUUCUCCCACACUCCUGGCAUUGUGAGAUACCCAGCCACACCCCUUGCCCAUGCUACCCCAGUCAUCUCCUUCCUUCCAUUGAUCCAGCAGGCCUGGACCAUCCGCACGCCCCGAACCAGCAGGUCCUUUAUCUCUUCAGAGUAGAACAAACUGUUAUGCUUCGAUGUGGAGCCAGCUUGGGGGGGGGUCCCCAAAGCUGCUCAUUGUAUCUCUAGAGCUGGCCUAUCAUAAUUUGCACAAAAUCAGAGACAAAACAUGUCCCCUUUGGGCCUGGAGCCCUAACCCCUUUCGGACAGACUGCUCUCACACUAUGUCACUUUCUUCAUCUGAUCCAGCCAGCCCCGCUCCCAGACAGAAGGUGCCCUCCCACUAGAACACUAACUCACACAGCUCCACUGCCAGCAGCACCAGGGCAUCCUGCAGGUGCCUCCUGCAUGGCUCAACUCAGGAGGCACCAGUGGCUUCUGUGAUGAGCUGAGCUUGCACUCCCUAGCUUUGAGAAGCCUUUAGUUCCAGGGUAUCCAAGCCUCCACAUCAGGGGCAGCUGCUAUUUAUUUUCCUAAAGAGACUAUUUUUAUACAAACCUUCCAAAAUGGAAUAAAAGGCUUGAAGCUCUAGUCUGAGUUGUCAUGUUGGAUCCAGAGGCUAGAGGAGACCGUUUGGAACAGGAGCUCUAGGUUCCAGCCUCAGCUGUGACCUUGAAGAAACCACCAUAUA